UGGGGUGUUCGGCCCACGCAUUGAUGUCUGUAAGCCGCGCACUGUCGAGGAUCGAGAUAACAAGCGAACCUCUAAUGUUGGACACGGACAAGAUGAAGAGGGGUAACUAUAUUGAUAGCUUCGACAACUGAAAACGAUUUGAUAGUCUCGGGCUGACAUUGGGUCAUGAUCGGAGGAUCGCCGAUGCCGUGAAACUUGGGCAAAGGAGGGGAACAGGAAGGCGAAAUAACCAUUCGUGGUGAGGAUGCAUGGGAUGAUGGAAGGUGUGGCAUGUUCAGAUAACCGCAUACUUCCCGUCAGUGUGUACGAUGCAGUGUUGGAAAAGAAAGAGGGGCAAGAGGGGCAAAAGGAUGCAAGCGAGGGGGAGAGGGGACGGGAUGCAGCUCGAACUGAACCGGGAGUAGGAGGGGAGUCGCGUAGGUACAUGUGCACCCACCUCGCUUACCUUACUUGCCUCAAGUAACGAUAAAAAGGGCAACAGCUCCCCUACACAAAGUCUGCCUCUUCUCUUCCAUUCUUUCCCAUCUUCUUCCCAUCGUCAGAAUCAACGAACAACCUCUGUCUUCGUUCCAAGGACUACCAGCAAUAAAUACCAACACACAGACUCUCAACACCAGGAUAACUCUGAUCCAUCAUCACCAUGUCUCCCUCUGUUCUCGAGCCGCAGAGCGUCCCCACUCUUGUCAACGUCGGUCUCAAGGCCGUAGGCAGGAACGAUGCUCCCGUCGAGCGUGAUGCCAGGGGCUUGUCCAAGCCUCUUCUGGAGCUCAUGCCCACCCUCGGCACUGACGCCUUCACCUUUUCCCCCAUUCGCGAAUCUACCGUUUCGCGCGCCAUGACCCGCCGCUACUUCGCUGACCUGGACGCCCACGCCGAGACCGACAUUGUCAUUGUCGGUGCCGGCUCUUGCGGUCUCUCGGCCGCCUACGUCUUGUCCACCCUGCGGCCCGACCUGCGCAUCACUAUCGUCGAAGCAGGCGUCGCCCCGGGAGGUGGCGCUUGGUUGGGCGGACAGCUCUUCAGUGCCAUGGUGAUGCGCAAGCCUGCCGACGUCUUCCUGGACGAGGUUGGCGUGCCGUAUGAAGAUGAGGGUGACUACGUGGUGGUCAAGCAUGCCGCUCUGUUCACUUCGACUGUGCUGAGCAAGGUCUUGCAGAGGCCCAACGUCAAGCUGUUCAAUGCCACGACCGUCGAGGACUUGAUCACCAGGAAGCACCACGCCGAGUCUUCGUCGUCAUCGGAUGAUGGCGAGGCCGAGGACGAGGCCAAGGUGAGGAUUGCCGGUGUGGUGACCAACUGGACCCUCGUGUCAAUGCAUCACGAUGAUCAGAGCUGCAUGGACCCCAACACCAUCAACGCCCCAGUUAUCAUCAGCACCACGGGCCACGAUGGUCCUUUUGGUGCCUUCUCCGUCAAGCGUUUGGUCAGCAUGAAGCAGAUGGAGCGCCUGAACGGCAUGCGCGGGCUCGAUAUGCAAUCCGCCGAGGAUGCUAUUGUCAACAACACUCGCGAGAUCGUCCCGGGUCUGAUCGUUGGCGGUAUGGAGUUGUCGGAGAUUGACGGUGCCAACCGCAUGGGACCUACCUUCGGAGCCAUGGCUCUCAGCGGUGUCAAGGCUGCCCACGAGGCCAUUCGCGUCUUCGACCUCCGCAAGGCUCAGAACGACAAGUGCUAAGCCUGUUCAAGACGUUGGAAGUAGUAACUAAAAUGGGGGAGGAUUUAUGCAUGCAAUUUGUUGAAUCUUUUGAGUUUAAACUUUGUUCGUGUCCAUUUGGAUCCAAUGAAUUCUUGAACGUACAGUCCCUUCUGUUGGUCUCUUUAUGCUUAAGAUAGCCGUUUAAAGUCCAAAAUCGUCUUGACGCACCUCUUAAGUCAUCUUGUCAUCUUUUAUGUCCGAAAAUCCCGUGAAGCAGGAACAAAUAAACCUUUGCUUUUGCAAGUCGCGCAGAAGUGACCUCUGGGGCGGUGGAGAGGAUAUGGCAUUGAAAAUGUAACAAUGUCCUGCCGGACCCCAAAUCAUCAACGGUCAUCCUUCUGCUCAGCUUGACGGCUGCGAUGUCGCGUCGUGGACAAGAGAGCUUCAACAGUGCAUGACAAGGUCAAGCAACACAAGUACAGGCCUGGGAAAAGCGACAAGAUAUCGAGGGAAUGCAAGAAGACAUAACAUAGUAGUAGUAAGGUUGAUAAACUGGUACGUAAGUC